AUGGCGCUCGACCUCGCGCGCGUCACGCUCGCCGUGCUCGUCGUCGUCCUCGCGCUGCGCGUCGCGGACGCGGUCGUCAUCGCGCGCGUCGUGCGAGCGACGAAAAAGAUCGCGCACUGGGCUCGACGAGAGAUCAUCCUCGCGCUCGGCGGUGCGGCGCGCGCCGAGCGAUUCGUCCCGGUGUUGGGGCACACCGUGGCGUUGUUCAAGGCGGUGGGGAGGUAUCCGUGCACGUGGGACCUGUUCGCGACUUGGGGGACGACGGCGGCGCCGCGGCCGGCGCGGGUACAGAUUUUCCAACGCCACUGCGUCGUCGUCGCGGACCCUGAGCUGGUGAAGCGGGUGAUGCAGACGAAUUUAAAGAAUUACAAAAAGGAUACGGAAUUUUCGUACGAGCCGUUUCUGGAGAUUCUUGGAACGGGGUUGGUGACGAGCGAGGGGGAGACGUGGCGGGCGCAGCGGCAGCGCAUCUCGAGCGCGCUGCGCAUUGAGAUAUUAGAUGACAUCAUCGCCAUCGCGACGCGAGCGGUGAAUAGACUGUCGGAUAAGUUGGAAAAGGUUCGAGGAAAGGGCGAGGCGGUGGAGCUCGCGGAGGAGUUUCGGUUGUUGACAUUGCAGGUCAUCGCCGAGGCCAUCCUGAGCCUGACUCCGGAGCAGAGCGACGAGGUCAUGCCCAAUCUUUACCUUCCCAUCAUGGACGAGUGCAAUCGAAGGAGUUUAGAACCCUGGAGGAAGUUCCUGCCGACUCGGGAGUGGCGUGAGCAUCGUAAGCGCGUCGCGGCGCUCAACAAAUAUAUUGUUGACCUCAUUCGCGUUCGAUGGAAGAAGCGCGUUUCAGGCGAGACCAACCCAAAUCCAGACAUCCUCGAUCGCGUUCUCGCGUCCGUUGAAAUGGAGGAAUACGGAUCGGAUGUCGAAGAACAAAUGUGCUUCGAGAUCAAAACCUUCUUACUCGCCGGGCACGAGACGAGCGCGGCAAUGCUGGUUUGGACCAUCUACGAGUUAGUGAAGAAUGAAGAUAAGAUGACCGAGGCUGUGGCCGAGGCGAACAAGGUGCUCGGCGCCGUGAAGCCUGGGAAUCUUCCGACGCGCGAUGAGCUCGCGCACCUCGACUACUGCGUGUCCGCGUUGAAGGAGACCCUCAGACUGUACUCUGUUGUCCCGGUGGUCACCAGACGCGCCGUCGAGGACGAUGUCUUGGGAGGAUGUAAGAUUCCAAAGGGCACCACGGUCAUCAUCAGCCUGCAAGGAAUCCACCAUCGCGAGGAUCUAUGGCCAAACGCGAUGUCCUUCGAGCCCGAGCGCUUCCUCAAUGGCAAGGGCGACGAGAUCGGGAACUACGCCUACUUGCCCUUCAUCCAAGGUCCGCGCAACUGCUUGGGACAGUACUUGGCCUUGUUAGAGGCGAGAGUCGUCUUGGCGACGCUCAUUAGGCGAUUCAAGUUUAAAAGUGCGAGCGCGAACAACGGGAAGAAGCACACGAAGGCUAUUCCGAUCGCACCGGCAGACGGCAUGUGGUUCACGGUCGAAUAG